AUGGACGGUGUAGAUCACACGUCCCGUCCCCAGCCGUUAUCCCGCCAGGAUGAGAGAUCGCCGGAUGGCAUGGCACCAGUUGGCAUCAGGGAAUGGCAGCGACAGCACGUGCAGAUCCAACAGCGGGAGCAUGAUUCCCAGCAACGGUUGAACAAGGAGUUUAUCGAAGGAGAGGCCGGGCAAUGGAUGUGGCGAUGUUAUAUAUGUAUCACGGCCGGCCGGGAACGGCACGAGUAUGAGUUGAUAUUUUGUCGGGGACCCCGGAGUGCCAUUGCCAAAGAAUGGAUGCGGAGCAUCCGAAAGGUUGGGUUCCAGUUUGCCGAAUUCAGCGCAUGUUUUUGGUGUUAUAUGCCCCAGUCCAUAUGCCAGGGAUGGCGGACCGGCAGAAGAGAUUGUGCGUACCGGGAUGUAUUAUUACCCAUGGUGGCGAUGAUGUUGUAUGGACCGUGGGCCGAGCGGGUGCAACCAUUAUGGCAACAGCGGUUGGCGAGCCAUGGGGCCGACAGUCAGGUUAUUCGGUUUUUUGGACAGGCCACCGAGGGGGUUCAGGGCCAGCACAACCAGUUAUUCACGUCGUUUUGUUGGUUACGCCGGAUAUGCAUGGAGUUGGAGCAGAGCAAGACAUAG